CCAGGCGCAGUUCGAAGAUGGUAAAUUACGUUGCUGCAGUAGCCGCCGGGCUACUCUUGUUGAACGCUGCUACAGUCUGCUGGGGACAGUGUAAUCCAUCCCCAACGACGGCAUCCGGGUGGAAGGCUCCCGGGGGGCCUUACUGUUCAGGUCAGUUGAUUUUCGAGGACAACUUUGAUACGCUCGAUAGAUCUGUGUGGGAGCACGAAAAUACCGUUGGUGGAGGAGGCAACAAUGAGUUCCAAUGGUACUCCGGAAGCGGUCGUAACUCUUAUAUAAAGGACGGACAUCUUGUUUUGAGGCCUACGCUUACAGCGGAAGAAUUUGGAGAAGAUUUUCUAACAUCUGGUACGAUCAAUCUAUGGGAUACAGACGAUUUCAACAGGUGCACUGACGCCCCGGACUGGGCAGAGCAAAUUCAAGGAUGCUACCGCCAGGGUAGUCCCGAAUACAUUUUAAACCCGAUUCGAAGCGCGCGUCUUAGAACGCACAACUCGUUCGGAUUUAAAUACGGAAGGUUGGAGAUUCGUGCUAAACUGCCAGCCGGUGAUUGGAUUUGGCCAGCAUUAUGGAUGAUGCCGAAAUAUGACGUCUACGGUACCUGGCCUAGAUCGGGCGAAAUUGACGUUAUGGAAGCCCGUGGCAAUCGGGAACUCUGGCUGAACGAUGAACACAUUGGCAUACGGCAGGCUUCGGCUUGUUUGCACUUUGGACCCGCCUGGGAUUAUCGUCACUAUUUGUGCAAUUCCGACCAUCGGGAUGGUUUAUAUUCCUUCUUCUACAACUAUCAGCUAAUUUGGACGGAACAAGUAAUUCAGUUCGCGAUCAACGAUCAAGUUUAUCAUACCAUCACUCCGUAUGAAGGCUUCUGGAGACUGGGAGGAUUCAGUUAUAAUCCAUGGCCGGAAGGUCAACUCAUGGCACCCUUCGAUCAGGAGUUCCACCUUCUAAUGAACGUCGCAGUUGGCGGAAACUACUUCCCAGAUGGUGCCUGGAAUCCACACCCGAAACCAUGGUACUACGGACAGUCUACAGCGAUGACCAGUUUCUGGAAUGCUCGAGGAGAUUGGUAUAGUACUUGGGGCGAAGAAGCGGCCAUGGAGAUAGAUUAUGUGCGUGUUUGGGCUUUGUAAAUGACAGAUUAAAUAGAAACUACUGAAAAUAA